GCCGCCGUCUCCGGAAACGCUUCUUUCCUACGCAGCCGCUGCAGCAGCCGCCGUCUCUGGAGCUUUGCCUCUCUAGGCCGGUAGGGCCUCUCCUCCAUGGUCCUGUCUGUCAGGACUGUUUCGGGGUCCUGUCGAUGAGGCUGGGCCGCGCUCGGACUCUUUGAACCGCAAGUCGGUCACGGGUGCCGCGGCGGGCUGCAGCCCAUGGCGCGGCGGCGCUGAUCCAGGCCCGGGCAGUGGCCGGGUCCCGCGGGCCGGCAUGGCGGGCCAGUUCCGUAGCUACGUGUGGGACCCGUUGCUGAUCCUGUCGCAGAUCGUCCUCAUGCAGACCGUCUAUUACGGCUCUCUGGGCCUGUGGCUGGCGCUGGUGGACGGGCUGGUGCGCAGCAGCCCCUCGCUGGACCAGAUGUUCGAGGCAGAGAUCCUGGGCUUUUCCACCCCUCCAGGCCGGCUCUCCAUGAUGUCCUUCAUCCUCAACGCCCUCACCUGUGCCCUGGGCCUGCUGUACUUCAUCCGGCGAGGGAAGCAGUGUCUGGAUUUCACUGUCACUGUCCAUUUCUUUCACCUCCUGGGCUGCUGGUUCUACAGCUCCCGUUUCCCCUCGGCGCUGACCUGGUGGCUGGUCCAAGCUGUGUGCAUUGCACUCAUGGCUGUCAUCGGGGAGUACCUGUGCAUGCGGACGGAGCUCAAGGAGAUCCCCCUCAACUCAGCCCCUAAAUCCAAUGUCUAGAAUUGGGUCCUUUGGACACUCUGCUGGGCAAUUGCCCUCCCCGCCAACACCUUGGGCUGCUCAGACCCUCCAGAUGAGGUCCAGCCCAGGUAUGAGAGGAACCCUGGAAAUGUGAAGUCUCUGUUGGUGUGGGUGAGAUAGUGAGGCCCUGUCAAGAAGGCGAGUAGCAGUCAGGAUUACAGCUGCAAGGAUGGCCUCUGUCUGCCGAAGCCUUAGUAUCUGGGAGGUCAGCAAGGGGACCUCUGUCAGGGUAAUAACGGAAUUGGAACCAUGUUACUCUUGAGCCACCAUACCUGUCACCAGCCCGUUAUUUUAAAAGAGAAAAAAAAUCAAGGAUAUCUGAUUGGAGCAAACCACUCUUCUGGGUCAUCUGUCUUACCUCCCCGGGACAGCUGUUACCUUUGCCAUGUUGCUGAACCAUAGCCGUUCUCUUUGGAGAAAUACUCGGUGUCUGGAUCCAUAGCCACAGAAAAAGAUGUAGGUGCAAAAUUAGGCUGCUAUCAGGGAGAGGACAGCAUCAAGCACAAGGAAAAUGCACAACUUGUGUCCUGUUACAUUCAUGUGUGCGUGUACACAUGAACCCAUGAUUGAUUAACUUCCGGUUUUCUGUGCUGGGUCCCUACCCUGCUGCCAUCCUACAACAUAGCAGGCCUUAGGACCCAGAGAAGAAUCCUGGCAUUGCUCCCAGUCUGACUCUGCUAAUAGAGUCACUGCUUAUUCUCUAGGAAAGACCAAGCACCCCAGUUCCCACUGGACCUCCGAUCGAGUGAUAGUUCUUUUUCCUGACUUAUUUGGAAGUGGGAAAGGUAUGAUUGGUGCCCAGAGAUAGGAAGCCCAACCUUUCAGCUUGACCUGCAUUGAUAGUGCUAAGGGAGAUAGGAAUUUGCUGCUAAGAUUUUUCUUGUGGGGUAGAGUGUCCUCUGUGAGGGGCUUGUAGCUGUCUUAUGUACAUAAAUACAGUAUUUUCCACGGUUCUGCCUGUACUUACUUUGUAAUACCAUGGUGAGAGUCUGAGAAUUCAGCACAGCCAAGCAAGGGAGCUAUAUGUGAAGAAUUAUUAGAUCACCUCCUUUUCUAGAUCCCAGAUUAUUCUUCCGUUUGGUUAAAAUACUAAGUGCAGGGAACGCCUAUGUCCCACCCCCUUCACCUGCAGCGUCCUCCACUCUACAUGGUGAACCACCAUGACUGUCAAGAUUCCUUUCCCACCUGCUGGUGAUUUCUGAACAUGUCCAGUGCAAUGCACUGGUCUAGACCCACUUCUGCAUUGAAACCACUGGUGUUCCUCUUUGGGUCUUCUGGAGUCUGCCCAAGAGAGCUGUCAGUUUUCACCUUUUAGUGUUAGGGCUACACAGAUGAGUUUUUUCGUCUCCCCAGGAAGCCUUUGUGGACUCCAGGCUUUCAGCUUUCCAGGGUAGGGAGGAAGGUUUAAGAGUGAACGUGCCUGGGCGGAGGCUGGGAAAGUGCUAGGGUGAGGCACCUCAGGAACUCAGCGUGCUCUGACUAAGAUGGAAGGAAGCAGCCUGGUAAUGGGACUCUAAUCCCGGCUGCAGGGUCCAGGAGGCAGACCAGCUGAGAUGACUUCCCCUAGGUCAGGGUUUCCCCCCAGACACCGCAUUCCAAAGGCAUGUGACUAACUUUAUUUUGAGAAAGGCAUCAGAACACUCAUGUGCUGCCGUCUCCCUUGGUCAUCUGUGGUGGUCGCUGCAGCUGUGUUGGCACACCACUUUGGGAGUUUCCUUCAAAAGCUCGUGCUGUUCUGCAUAUUUCCUGUGGUGACAUCUUUGUCCCUUGGGUAUUCAUUUGAUUUUUGGAAACUACCAAAAGUCAGAGGAGCCAAUUAAAAAAUAAUAACAUAGUGACUAAGUUGGACAAUAGUUGGGGGUCAAAAAUGUGACCUUAAUGAGAUUUUUUUGAUGUGUAAAUUAACAAUAAAACCAAUAUCUAGAGGCUAGUUUCAGAGAGAACCGGGCAAUGGCAGUGACAUGUCAUUUUAGUAAUAAAUAACAUCUAGUUCUUAAUAGAUGUUCAGCAAUGGGUUAAGUGGCUUACAUCUCGCUCACUUAAUCUUCACAACAACCUUCUGAAGUAGAAAAUACCUGUAUCUUCCAGGUGAGGGACUGUAAGGAAUUUGCUCAAGGUUCCAUGUUAGGAGCUGGCAGAGCCAGGAUUUGGGCUCCAGUAAUGACAUUAAUAAACUCAUUCUGAAGACAUUAAUACUUAAGGAUGUAUUAGUUCUUAUUGGUUAAAUAGUCAAUCACUUUAUACUUUCACAUCCUACUGUGCUGUUUUAAAUAUUAAGAAUGUAUAGUGCUUUAUAAACAUUACUAGCUUUCUAAGAAAAACUGAUGUAUAGUACAUUAAAUAUGGUGACAGAUUUCCAAGUGAAUUGAGGAAUGUGGGAAAUGUUUUUAUUUCCAGAGAAUAAAGGAAAGUUCCCUCCCCCCACCCA